AUGGUUCACCCAAUGCAUGAAACAGUGCUUGGACCACCGGCCUCACUAGCUGGCGAGGCCGCAGCGCCAGACCAACUGGACAGUAAAACAACAUCGACUCCAAAACAUGCAACAAACACACCAAUAACGCCACUUGGUCUCCAACAAGCUGACAAUUCCUUCCCAAACAAACAAAACACACAAUUCUCGACGGACGUAGUCCCACAUCAAACCCUGCCAAGACAUACGUUACCUGAGACGACACUGGAGACCGAAAGCAAGCCGGAAGCAAAGGCCCCUUUAACACCAAAGGAGCGCGAGUCAGAGGCGAAGGCAGCAGAAGGCGGCGAUGCGAAGAGCGUGUCUGGGGUCGAUGCGAAGGCUGGACCUGUUGCGUCGUCGACGGCGCGUGCUGGGCCUGCGUUGCUUGCGAAGAAGUCGAUGGGCGUGCUGCCUAAGAAGGCAGCGGAACCUGGCGCGAAGGCGGCGGCUGAAGCGGGUUUGAAGGCAGGGGAGGGCGAGUCAGAGGCGAAGGCAGCAGAAGGCGGCGAUGCGAAGAGCGUGUCUGGGGUCGAUGCGAAGGCUGGACCUGUUGCGUCGUCGAAGGCGGGUGCUGGGCCUGCGUUGCUUGCGAAGAAGUCGAUGGGCGUGUUGCCUAAGAAGGCAGCGGAAGCUGGCGCGAAGGCGGCGGCUGAAGCGGGUUUGAAGGCAGGGGAGGGCGAGUCAGAGGCGAAGGCAGCAGAAGGCGCCGAUGCGAAGGCUGGACCUGUUGCGUUGUCGAAGGCGGGUGCUGGGCCUUUGUUGCUUGCGAAGAAGUCGAUGGGCGUGUUGCCUAAGAAGGCAGCGGAAGGUGGCGCGAAGGCGGCGGCUGAAGCGGGUUUGAAGGCAGGGGAGGGCGAGUCAGAGGCGAAGGCAGCAGAAGGCGGCGAUGCGAAGAGCGUGUCUGGGGUCGAUGCGAAGGCUGGACCUGUUGCGUCGUCGAGGGCGGGUGCUGGGCCUGCGUUGCUUGCGAAGAAGUCGAUGGGCGUGUUGCCUAAGAAGGCAGCGGAAGCUGGCGCGAAGGCGGCGGCUGAAGCGGGUUUGAAGGCAGGGGAGGGCGAGUCAGAGGCGAAGGCAGCAGAAGGCGGCGAUGCGAAGAGCGUGUCUGGGGUCGAUGCGAAGGCUGGACCUGUUGCGUCGUCGAAGGCGGGUGCUGGGCCUGCGUUGCUUGCGAAGAAGUCGGUGGGCGUGUUGCCUAAGAAGGCAGCGGAACCUGGCGCGAAGGCGGCGGCUGGAGCGGGUUUGAAGGCAGGGGAGGGCGAGUCAGAGGCGAAGGCAGCAGAAGGCGGCGAUGCGAAGAGCGUGUCUGGGGUCGAUGCGAAGGCUGGACCUGUUGCGUCGUCGAAGGCGGGUGCUGGGCCUGCGUUGCUUGCGAAGAAGUCGAUGGGCGUGUUGCCUAAGAAGGCAGCGGAAGCUGGCGCGAAGGCGGCGGCUGAAGCGGGUUUGAAGGCAGGGGAGGGCGAGUCAGAGGCGAAGGCAGCAGAAGGCGCCGAUGCGAAGGCUGGACCUGUUGCAUCGUCGAUGGCGGGUGCUGGGCCUGCGUUGCUUGCGAAGAAGUCGAUGGGCGUGUUGCCUAAGAAGGCAGCGGAACCUGGCGCGAAGGCGGCGGCUGAAGCGGGUUUGAAGGCAGGGGAGGGCGAGUCAGAGGCGAAGGCAGCAGAAGGCGGCGAUGCGAAGAGCGUGUCUGGAGUCGAUGCGAAGGCUGGACCUGGGGAGGGCGAGUCAGAGGCGAAGGCAGCAGAAGGCGGCGAUGCGAAGAGCGUGUCUGGGGUCGAUGCGAAGGCUGGACCUGUUGCGUCGUCGAAGGCGGGUGCUGGGCCUGCGUUGCUUGCGAAGAAGUCGAUGGGCGUGUUGCCUAAGAAGGCAGCGGAAGCUGGCGCGAAGGCGGCGGCUGAAGCGGGUUUGAAGGCAGGGGAGGGCGAGUCAGAGGCGAAGGCAGCAGAAGGCGCCGAUGCGAAGGCUGGACCUGUUGCAUCGUCGAAGGCAGGGCCUGGGCCUGCGUUGCUGACGAAGAAGUCGAUAGGUUUGUUGCCUAAGAAGGCAGCGGAACCUGGCGCGAAGGCGGCGGCUGAAGCGGGUUUGAAGGCAGGGGAGGGCGAGUCAGAGGCGAAGGCAGCAGAAGGCGGCGAUGCGAAGAGCGUGUCUGGGGUCGAUGCGAAGGCUGGACCUGUUGCGUCGUCGAAGGCGGGUGCUGGGCCUGCGCUGCUUGCGAAGAAGUCGGUGGGCGUGUUGCCUAAGAAGGCAGCGGAAGCUGGCGCGAAGGCGGCGGCUGGAGCGGGUUUGAAGGCAGGGGAGGGCGAGUCAGAGGCGAAGGCAGCAGAAGGCGAUGAUGCGAAGAGCGUGUCUGGGGUCGAUGCGAAGGCUGGACCUGUUGCGUCGUCGAAGGCGGGUGCUGGGCCUGCGCUGCUUGCGAAGAAGUCGAUGGGCGUGUUGCCUAAGAAGGCAGCGGAAGCUGGCGCGAAGGCGGCGGCUGAAGCGGGUUUGAAGGCAGGGGAGGGCGAGUCAGAGGCGAAGGCAGCAGAAGGCGGCGAUGCGAAGAGCGUGUCUGGGGUCGAUGCGAAGGCUGGACCUGUUGCGUCGUCGAAGGCGGGUGCGGGGCCUGCGCUGCUUGCGAAGAAGUCGGUGGGCGUGUUGCCUAAGAAGGCAGCGGAACCUGGCGCGAAGGCGGCGGCUGGAGCGGGUUUGAAGGCAGGGGAGGGCGAGUCAGAGGCGAAGGCAGCAGAAGGCGAUGAUGCGAAGAGCGUGUCUGGGGUCGAUGCGAAGGCUGGACCUGUUGCGUCGUCGAAGGCGGGUGCUGGGCCUGCGUUGCUUGCGAAGAAGUCGAUGGGCGUGUUGCCUAAGAAGGCAGCGGAAGCUGGCGCGAAGGCGGCGGCUGAAGCGGGUUUGAAGGCAGGGGAGGGCGAGUCAGAGGCGAAGGCAGCAGAAGGCGGCGAUGCGAAGAGCGUGUCUGGGGUCGAUGCGAAGGCUGGACCUGUUGCGUCAUCGAAGGCGGGUGCUGGGCCUGCGUUGCUGAUGAAGAAGUCGAUGGGCGUGUUGCCUAAGAAGGCAGCGGAACCUGGCGCGAAGGCGGCGGCUGAAGCGGGUUUGAAGGCAGGGGAGGGCGAGUCAGAGGCGAAGGCAGCAGAAGGCGCCGAUGCGAAGGCUGGACCUGUUGCAUCGUCGAAGGCGGGUGCUGGGCCUGCGUUGCUGACGAAGAGGACGAUAGGUUUGUUGCCUAAGAAGGCAGCGGAACCUGGCGCGAAGGCGGCGGCUGAAGCGGGUUUGAAGGCAGGGGAGGGCGAGUCAGAGGCGAAGGCAGCAGAAGGCGCCGAUGCGAAGGCUGGACCUGUUGCAUCGUCGAAGGCAGGGCCUGGGCCUGCGUUGCUUGCGAAGAAGUCGAUAGGUUUGUUGCCUAAGAAGGCAGCGGAAGGUGGCGCGAAGGCGGCGGCUGAAGCGAGUUUGAAGGCAGGGGAGGGCGAGUCAGAGGCGAAGGCAGCAGAAGGCGCCGAUGCGAAGGCUGGACCUGUUGCAUCGUCGAUGGCGGGUGCUGGGCCUGCGUUGCUUGCGAAGAAGUCGAUAGGUUUGUUGCCUAAGAAGGCAGCGGAAGGUGGCGCGAAGGCGGCGGCUGAAGCGGGUUUGAAGGCAGGGGAGGGCGAGUCAGAGGCGAAGGCAGCAGAAGGCGGCGAUGCGAAGAGCGUGUCUGGGGUCGAUGCGAAGGCUGGACCUGUUGCGUCGUCGAUGGCGGGUGCUGGGCCUGCGUUGCUUGCGAAGAAGUCGAUAGGUUUGUUGCCUAAGAAGGCAGCGGAAGCUGGCGCGAAGGCGGCGGCUGAAGCGGGUUUGAAGGCAGGGGAGGGCGAGUCAGAGGCGAAGGCAGCAGAAGGCGGCGAUGCGAAGAGCGUGUCUGGGGUCGAUGCGAAGGCUGGACCUGUUGCGUCGUCGAAGGCGGGUGCUGGGCCUGCGUUGCUGGCGAAGAAGUCGAUGGGCGUGUUGCCUAAGAAGGCAGCGGAAGCUGGCGCGAAGGCGGCGGCUGAAGCGGGUUUGAAGGCAGGGGAGGGCGAGUCAGAGGCGAAGGCAGCAGAAGGCGCCGAUGCGAAGAGCGUGUCUGGGGUCGAUGCGAAGGCUGGACCUGUUGCAUCGUCGAAGGCGGGUGCUGGGCCUGCGUUGCUUGCGAAGAAGUCGAUGGGCGUGUUGCCUAAGAAGGCAGCGGAAGCUGGCGCGAAGGCGGCGGCUGAAGCGGGUUUGAAGGCAGGGGAGGUCGAGUCAGAGGCGAAGGCAGCAGAAGGCGCCGAUGCGAAGGCUGGACCUGUUGCAUCGUCGAAGGCGGGUGCUGGGCCUGCGUUGCUUGCGAAGAAGUCGAUGGGCGUGUUGCCUAAGAAGGCAGCGGAACCUGGCGCGAAGGCGGCGGCUGAAGCGGGUUUGAAGGCAGGGGAGGGCGAGUCAGAGGCGAAGGCAGCAGAAGGCGCCGAUGAGAAGUGCGUGUCUGGGGUCGAUGCGAAGGCUGGACCUGUUGCGUCGUCGAAGGCGGGUGCUGGGCCUGCGUUGCUUGCGAAGAAGUCGAUGGGCGUGUUGCCUAAGAAGGCAGCGGAACCUGGCGCGAAGGCGGCGGCUGAAGCGGGUUUGAAGGCAGGGGAGGGCGAGUCAGAGGCGAAGGCAGCAGAAGGCGGCGAUGCGAAGGCUGGACCUGUUGCGUCGUCGAAGGCGGAAGUCGUUGGUCGUGUUGCCUAA